UUACAAUAUUGUUAAAGACGUAUUAAAAAUAAAAAAUUAUUUCUAAAAUUUAUUUUAAAAAAUGAAAGUAAUAAUUUUUUUACUCACCAUCAUUUUAUAUAAUUUCCAAAAUGUUGUAAGUGAUAAUAAUGAUAAAUCAAAAAUUGAUAAUUGGUUUAAAAUGAAAAUUUACAGUGAAAUAAACAAGGAAUGCGCGUCAAGAACAAAUAAUUCGAUAAAUUCAAAAAUUUUUACUGAAUAUCAUACAAUUUUAGAACAAUAUUGGGAGCCACUUUAUUAUCGUGAUGUAGAGAAAUUUGAUUAUGUUCUUAAAUAUGUUUAUAAUUCAAAAGUGAUUGAAAAAUUAAAGGAAUUAAUUAAUCUCAUACAGAAGUGUUUAGAUAAUGAAAAACAAUUAAAUCCCAAUGAAUUGAUUAUUGUUAUUGAACGUAUUCUCAAAAUUCAUGCCAAACGAGUUUUACAAAUUGAUCCAGAAAUGGUUGCACAAUUUGGCGCCUGUAGAUUUAUAGCAAACAGUAAAAUAUUUAGAAAUUGUAAAAAAGAUUAUAAAAAUAUUUUAAUUAAUCCAACGAGAAAUGAUGUAACUCUCUUUCAAUUACUAACGGGAUCCUCAGUAUCAUCAUCUUCCUGCAAGGAAAUUCUACCAUUAGAACAAUGUUUCAUGAAGGCUUUUGCUCCCUGUAAUUCGAGUGCAAGAAAAAUUUUUAAACUCAAUCUUACUCCUCCAGACAAUAAGGAAAUUAUUUGUGAAGAAUUUCUCCAAGAAACAGAAUCCAAUGAUAAUGACGACGAGCACAUUAAUGACGUUAUAAGUCAUGCAUUUGGAUUCUUUAGAAAAAAAUCCCCCAUUGUUGCCGUUGACAAUAAAUAUAAGUAGACUUUUGUCUAAGAGAAAAAUAAAAAAUGUGGUGACAGCGGUGGGAUUUUAAAAAGAUUUAGAAUUAAUAAAAAAAAAAAAAAAAAUAAACAUAAUUUAAUAUAUGUAAAGAAAUUUUUGAUAAAUUGACACAAUGAGAAGAGUAGGAAAAGUAUCUCCAUCAUUCAAAACCAUCCAAGCGUAAAUUAAAUGAGAGGGUGAUUCUAUUUUCGAUUACAUUUAGAAAAGAAUCUUUAAAGAAAGAGAGAACGUGCGUUCUUGAUCCAUCCAGAAAAGAUGACAAAUCAUUCUUGGUUGAAAAUUGGAAUUUCACUUUUGUGAGACAUUGCGCGCGUGAACGCGAAAAGAGGAUUUUAACUUCGUUAUCAUCAUAGGGAUGAAAUUCCUACGCGCUCGUUUGUGAAAAUUAAAAUUUAAUUAAGCUUACAA